AUGUCUGAGAUGAUUUAUGAUAAUGUGAUCAAAACUGAAAUGGACAGAGGAGAGAGAGAGGAGAUGAUGGUGGUCAUCUAUGAAAGUUCAGAUGCUGUAAGAAAUGAUGAAGUGAUGAUAAACACAGAGAUGAUGAGUACAGAGAGACAACAAGCGCUUCAACAUACAGGAAGAGUCUCAGUGAAGAACAGAAGACACAGAUCAGUUCAAGUGUGUUUGUGUUUACUGUCUGUUCUUCUGUUCACUGCUGUAAUAGUCAUCUGUGUCUAUUUCACAAACCAACUACUAACACACAACUAUAACUUGACUAAAGAAAGAGAAGAGUUACUAACACACAACUAUAACUUGACUAAAGAAAAUGAGAGAUUACUUACAAAAUACAGCGAUUUACUAAACCAGAGCAGAAUCUUGACUGAAGAAAGAGAGAAAUUCAGAAACAAGAGUGAUGAACUCCAAGAUAAUUUAACAGCUGUUACAGAGCUGAAAAACCAUCACAUCUACAACUUAACCACAGAAAGAGAUGAGUUACUUACAAACAACAGCAAACUGCUAGAGGAGAAAAAACAAUGUCUAUUGAAUACUCGAAGUCUGUCAGAAGAAAGAGAUCAGUUAAUGAAUGAAAGAAAAGAAUUGAACAGAUGGCUUACUGAACAAGAUCGGCGCUCAGAUAACUUAAAAUGGAUUUACUACAACUUCAGUUUUUAUUACAUUUCAUCUGAAUAUAAGAGCUGGAGUGACAGCAGACGAGACUGUGAAGAGAGAGGAGCAAAUCUGCUGAUUAUAAACAACAAAGAGGAACAAGAGUUUUUGCAGAAGGCUAUAGCUGGUCAAUAUUCUUAUUAUUGGAUUGGUUUGAGUAGAAAUGGAGGGGAGUGGAAAUGGUUUGAUGAUACCACACUGACAUUAAGGUUAGAGAUCAUUACAUUUAACUGAAGAGCAGAAGGUGUCAAAGUUUUAAAACACUUGUACUUCAUUGGUAUUUCAGGUCCUGGAUGAAAGGAUACCCAAGCCAUUAUAGUCAAUACUGUGGUCUUAUAUCUACAUCAGGAUUGGCUGAUGCUUUAUGUUCUGUUAAAUAUACAUGGAUCUGUAAGAAGAGCAUUUUAACAUUACUCAUGUGAUAAAUAUGUACAGGCAAUAAUUUAAAACUCAAUAUCUUUUUGAAAUACAGUACCAGCUCUUCUAUUUAAUAAUUAAAUAAUUCAGAUUUUUGUUAUGCAAUUUACUACUUUAUACGAUAUACAGUAUUUGUCAGAAUUUCCACUCACCAUUCCUAUCACUAUAUGUUUCCACAAUCCUCCAUUAACAUCACCAGCUCACUGUGAUAAAUCACCACACCUGUUAGUGCUCAGCUUCAUCAUUAGCUCAACAAAAUCAGCUCUUUUCUCACACAUCAUUGUCUGAUCUUUUCAAUAUCUGCCUGUUAACUUACCGGACUCACCAUCCUCACGACUCCUCCUUCAUCUUCAUUGGCUGCUCAGCUGCUCUGACUGCUUCUCUUCAUCUCCUACCAGACAAAAGACUGUAACUAAGUUAAGCUCUUAUUCCCUCAUUUGCUCAUCUUGUUGUAGCAUCUGCCAUUU